GGAAAACAACAAACCGCGUCAUUUUCAACCUUUUGUGUGAUUGAAUUGAAAGAGAGAAAGUAUAGUUAACGUCUUUUGUCCUCCACGCAGCUGAAAACACGCAGUGGCAAAUAUAGACACACCCCUCCACACGUUUUCACACCCCCUCAUAUUUUAUAUUCUUUUUCUAGUCUACAACAAAAACCUCUUUCAAGUUUUACAUCACUUCUCUUUAGCUCCAAAUCAAAACCUUCUUUCUUUCCCAUCCAUCCAUGUCUCACAAGAACAACACAACCUAGAUAGUGUUAAAAUGAGUUUCAAAGGAUGAUGAAUGAAUAAGGCAAAAGAUCAAGAACAAAAUGUGUUGAGAGAGAAAUAGUGCUAACUAAGAGAGAGCUUAUUUCAUGCUUGCUUCACGCAAACACCUAACUAUUGAGGUUAAGCCUUUGCUUCAACUCGUGGCUUUAAAGUUUUCUUCUAACCAUUUUUAAAUCCUUCAUUAAGAUAUAUUAAUCUCACCAAACCCUUAUAUUUAUAGAAUCAUUCUCUUCUUCUCCUCCUUCUCUCUCUAUUUUUUUUCCCUCUUCUCCCUCCUUUUUUUCAAUGCUAUGAAUCCCAUAAACCCUACUUUCUUAACCUAGGUAAUAAUAACAUGCCCUUCUCAUAAAAAUUUAUACUAUCAUUCUUGCCCUAGCUAGUUAAUCAUAAAGAAGGAAAAAAAAAAAAAGAGUGCUAGGUACAACAACUUUUUUAAGAUGAGUAUAAACUCAGGUUGUAGUGGUAGUGGUUGCAGUGGUGGUGCAAACGGUGGUGCUUGUGGCCCUUGUGGCGCGUGCAAGUUUUUGAGAAGGAAGUGUAUCCCGGGAUGUAUUUUUGCGCCUUACUUCGAUUCGGAGCAAGGCGCUUCACAUUUCGCAGCGGUUCACAAGGUUUUUGGGGCUAGUAACGUUUCAAAGUUGCUACAAAAUGUUCCGGUGCACAAGCGUCUUGAUGCGGUUAUCACCAUUUGUUAUGAAGCUCAAGCAAGGUUGAGAGAUCCCAUCUUUGGUUGUGUUGCUCAUAUCUUUACUCUUCAGCAACAGGUGAUGAGUUUACAAGCAGAACUCUCCUACUUACAAGGCCACCUAGCUACAUAUGAAGUACCUCAACCACCAACACCUUCUCCACCACAAGCACUUCCAAUGGUCUCACUAGCCAACCUCCCAUUAGCCCCUUCUUCAGCCAUGCCAGACACAUAUGACUUGUCUUCAUUGUAUGAAGUACCCCAAACUUCAUCAUGGGUCAUGCAACAAAGGACCAAUGAGCCCCGCCAAUAUUUGGGAAGUGACACAUCAUCCACUAGUAAUAAUGGUGGUGAUCUUCAAGCAUUGGCUAGAGAGCUUUUGCAUAGAUAUGGAUCUAUUCCUCAUGUUGCUUGCUCUAAUGCCCCAUCAUCUCAUUCUCUUUCCAAAUGAACAAUCUUUGAUCUAAUCAACUAAUCUUUGCCUUAGUUGAUAUAUUGAUACCAGGAAGGGAUCUAGAAUUUUCAAUGUUGAGAAAGUAAUUAUAUUC